CAUACACUCGCUCUUUCUCUCUGGUACACACAGCUCCCCACGCUUGCACCCCUGCCAGCGAGCCGGGUCGCCGGGCCACCCAGCUUUCCCUCCAGCCAGGCGCCGGAGGGGAACGCACACUUGAUUUGCUGCUCUUUAACCCCCUGUUCCGUCUCUUUCUCGACACAAAGAUUUUAAAGAAAGAAAAAGAAACUAUAAAUAUAUAUAUAUAUUUUAUUUGCACCUUCCCUCCGGGUCCCCCUACUUCACCAGGCUGCGCGCCUCGGAGCCGCACUUUUCGCUCCCAAAGGAGGAUGAAGGGUGGUUGUAUCUCCCGCUGGCAGGCGGCCGCUGGGCUCCUCCUGUGGGUCACGGUUUUUGCAUCCUCCGAGAGAGCAGUCUUCACGAAUCAUUUUCUUGUGGAGUUGCAUAAAGGGGGAGAGGAAGAAGCUCGCCAAGUUGCAGCAGAACACGGCUUUGGGGUCCGAAAGCUCCCCUUCACUGAAGGUCUAUAUCACUUUUAUCACAAUGGCCUCGCAAAGGCCAAGAGAAGACGCAGCCUACAUCACAAGCAACAGCUGGAAAGAGACCCCAGGGUAAAGACCGCCUUGCAGCAGGAAGGAUUUGACCGGAAAAAGCGAGGGUACAGAGACAUCAAUGAGAUCGACAUCAACAUGAAUGAUCCUCUUUUUACAAAGCAGUGGUAUCUGAUCAACACAGGACAAGCUGAUGGGACUCCUGGCCUUGACUUAAAUGUGGCAGAAGCCUGGGAGUUGGGAUACACAGGAAAAGGUGUGACCAUCGGAAUUAUGGAUGAUGGGAUUGACUACCUUCACCCGGACCUCGCCUCCAACUAUAAUGCCGAAGCAAGUUAUGACUUCAGCAGCAACGACCCCUAUCCUUACCCUCGAUACACAGAUGACUGGUUUAACAGCCACGGGACCCGCUGCGCAGGAGAAGUCUCUGCUGCCGCCAACAACAAUAUCUGUGGGGUGGGAGUGGCAUACAACUCCAAAGUUGCAGGUAUUCGGAUGCUGGACCAGCCAUUCAUGACAGACAUCAUCGAGGCCUCCUCCAUCAGUCACAUGCCCCAACUGAUAGACAUCUACAGUGCCAGCUGGGGUCCCACAGACAAUGGCAAGACCGUGGACGGGCCCCGGGAGCUCACACUUCAAGCCAUGGCUGACGGUGUGAACAAGGGCCGUGGGGGCAAAGGCAGCAUCUACGUGUGGGCCUCUGGGGAUGGUGGCAGCUACGACGACUGCAACUGUGACGGCUAUGCCUCAAGCAUGUGGACCAUCUCCAUCAACUCGGCCAUCAAUGAUGGCAGGACUGCCCUGUAUGACGAGAGCUGCUCCUCCACCUUGGCCUCCACCUUCAGCAACGGGAGGAAGAGGAACCCCGAGGCCGGCGUGGCAACCACAGAUUUGUAUGGCAACUGCACUCUGAGGCAUUCCGGAACGUCCGCAGCUGCUCCCGAGGCAGCUGGCGUGUUUGCACUGGCUUUGGAGGCAAACCUGGGUCUGACCUGGCGAGACAUGCAACAUCUGACAGUGCUCACCUCCAAACGGAACCAGCUGCAUGACGAAGUCCAUCAGUGGAGGCGGAACGGAGUCGGCCUGGAGUUCAAUCACCUGUUUGGAUAUGGUGUCCUGGAUGCAGGCGCCAUGGUGAAAAUGGCUAAAGACUGGAAAACCGUGCCUGAGAGAUUCCACUGUGUGGGCGGCUCUGUGCAGGACCCUGAGAAAAUUCCCUCCACUGGCAAGUUGGUGCUGACCCUCACAACUGACGCAUGUGAGGGGAAGGAGAACUUUGUGCGCUACCUGGAGCACGUACAAGCCGUCAUCACAGUCAAUGCCACAAGGAGAGGAGACCUCAACAUCAACAUGACUUCCCCUAUGGGCACCAAGUCCAUUCUGCUGAGCCGGCGACCCCGGGAUGAUGACUCUAAGGUGGGCUUUGACAAGUGGCCGUUCAUGACCACCCACACAUGGGGGGAGGAUGCCCGAGGAACCUGGACCCUGGAGCUGGGCUUUGCAGGCAGCACACCCCAGAAGGGCGUGCUGAAGGAGUGGACACUGAUGCUGCAUGGCACACAGAGUGCACCUUACAUUGACCAGGUGGUGAAGGAUUAUCAGUCCAAGCUGGCCAUGUCCAAAAAGGAGGAGCUGGAGGAAGAGUUGGAUGAGGCCGUGGAGAGAAGCCUGGAGGGCAUCCUCAACAAGAACUAGGCAGCCCCCAUCCCCCAGCACCCUCGCACCUCCUCUCUGCCUCUGUCCACAGCCCCCCGUUCCUGCCCACACCCAGCAACCGUCACCCCUCACAAGCCAGUCCGCCGUCUCAAGCUGAAGCUUUGCUCACUGUCAGUAAUGAUUUUCAUCACAAAGAAAGUAACCUUUGUUUUAUUACACCAUGCCCCAAAUAUAGUGUU